GGUUGGACGGCGACGUCCCACAAGAUGGCGCCGCGACUCAGAGCGUCCACGCGGAAGAUGGCGGAAAAGGUCUUCCGGCGAUCCAGACAACGAGCGAAACAUGCCGUUAAACUUCGAACUCCGAAGAAGUUAAAGAAGCCACGUCGUUAUACCUCGCCACCAGAAAUCCCACUUGUAAAACAGAACAUUUUCAGAUUGGAAACAAGCAUUGAUAUUACUUACACUAUAAAAAGGAAACCAAAUGAGAAGAAAAAAUUGAGAAAAUCAGGCUUAAGAAGUGAAAUUAAAAAUCACAAUACUUCUUCUUCAAAAGAUCAUAUAAAUGAGGAUAUCAAGAAGCAAGAUUUACAAUUCAACGAAGGUGUUGUUGUAUGGGCAAAAUUGAUUGGUUCACCCUGGUGGCCA